AUGGUUUACCAGCAUGUUUCUUUUCAAUCCAAUUGGGACAUCACAGGGAAGGAAGUAUCAAGCUUUGUGCUCAACAUCCUCAACAAUGCAGGCUCUUUAGAGGGGGUAAAUGACACCUACAUAAUCAUGAUCCCAAAGAUCAAAAAUCCCACCAAAGUCUCUGAUUAUAAGCUUAUUAGCCUAUGUAAUGUAAUUUACAAAGUGGUAGCAAAAGUGUUAUCAAAUCUGCUUAAAAUUAUGCUGCCUGACAUUAUUUCUGUGAAUCAAAGUGCAUUUGUUCCAUGUAGGGCCAUAACAGAUAACAUCAUGGUGGCAUACGAGACUCUCCACUCCAUGUCCACAAGAAUACAAGGAAGGCCAGCUUAUAUAGCUUUAAAACUCAACAUGAGCAAAGCUUAUGAUCGAGUGGAGUGGGAUUUUCUAUCUGCAGUGAUGUGCAAAAUGGGAUUUGACAAUUGCACUAGUGAUGAACUGCAUCAAGUCUAUUUCAUAUUCAAUCCUUCUUAA